AUGUCUUCCUGCUGCGGUAACAACAAGAACGGAUGCUGCAAGGGCAACAACGCCCAGGCCAGUGCCAGCACUGACGCCUCCGUUCCCCUCCUCAGAGGCAACAAGACAGACCAGUCCGGCCCCAACGCCAACGCCAGCAACUAUGGUUCCGUCUGGUCAGUCAACAGCAGCAACACUGUCACCUCCGACAGGGCCCAGCAGCUCCAGACCGUUCUCGGUGACCCGGAACCCUUGGGAAGCAAGUGUAGUGCUCAUGAGAGCGGUGGCCAGUGCUGCAAGGACCUCAAGGGCGAAGACGAGAGACAUCUGAUCAGCCCCGAGAUUGUACGCGACGUCAUCAUUGGCCUGUCAGAUGGACUCACCGUUCCCUUCGCCUUGACCGCCGGUCUCUCCUCCCUCGGUAGCUCUUCUUUGGUCGUCACUGGUGGUCUCGCCGAGCUCUGUGCUGGUGCCAUAUCUAUGGGCCUGGGUGGUUACCUCGCCUCCCAAGCUGAACUCGAUCACUUCCACUAUCUCCGCCGCCAGACUCAUGCCCGUGUCCUUCGGUCAUGCUCUGGUGAAAUGGAGCGUGAAAUCCACUCUAUUCUUGGUCCCCUUGGUGUAAAGGAGACCCUUUCGCGACUCGUCGCUGAAGACCUCCGGACUGUGGAGGAAGACAUUUACGGUACCGACGAGACUGUCGGUGUCCAAGGUGUCGUCACUCAAUCAGGCCGGGUGACUCCCAUUGAUUCCAAGAAGAGCUGGAACCCUCUCAGCUGGAGGAAGAAGCCCGUUGAGGAAGAGAGCGGUGGCUUCGAAGGUACCGAGGACAUGGGCAUGACUGCUUUCCUGUUAAAAUUCGGUGAAGGCAUGGAGGAAGUCCCCGUCUCCCGACUUUACAUCUCUGCUCUCACUAUCGGUCUUUCUUACUUUGUUGGCGGUCUCAUCCCCCUUAUCCCCUACAUGGCCACCUCUUCCGCCGAAGACGGUCUCGUCGCCUCCGCCAUCAUCACCUGCAUCAUCCUCUUCAUCUUUGGCGGUUUCAAGACCUACUUUACCGGUGCCACUGGCGGUUGGUCUGGAUACGUCUAUGGAGCUGUUAGCACGAUGAUUGUCGGUGGUUUCGCGGCCGGGUCGGCCUUUGGGCUGGUCAAGGUCAUGGGCGUUCAGGAAUAA